AAUUAUACAUGUAUUAGUAAUCUUGCGUUAUAAUACCAUGUAUAACACGUUAUAAUUAAUACAAUUUAUAUUCGCACAUUACUAAUAAAUAGUACUGACUACCGGCUCCAGCUAUCGCAAACGUUGCUGUCACGUUCGAGACUAAAUAAGUCUUUCUACAAUGGCACAUCAAUGUGUUUGCGGAGGUAAACACGAUGAGACUGAGCUGGGAAUACACUACAACUUGUUCCAAAAAAUUGAUAUUGAAAACCUGGAAUGUUUAAAUGAAACUGAAGAAGGCAGCGGAGCUAGUGUAUUUAAAACAUGGGAAAACAGAUUGGACAAAAAUAAAUACGUCGAGAGUGAUAUCGACAAUGAACUCCUAUUUAAUAUUCCUUUCACAGGAAAUAUAAAACUGAAAGGUCUUAUUAUUAUCGGAGGAGAAGAUAGUUCUCAUCCAAAUAAAGUAAAAUUGUAUAAGAACAGACCCUAUAUGACAUUCGAUGCUGUGGCUACAGAGCCUGAACAAGUAUUUGAAUUAUGUGUAGAUCCAAAUGGAGUGCACGAAUAUGCUCCUAAAGUGGUUAAAUUCUCCUCGGUACAUCAUUUAAGUUUGCACUUCACUGGAGCGGAUAAAAUAAGAAUUUACUACAUCGGAUUAAGAGGAGAGUGGUCGCCUCUGCAUCAACACGGUGUUACUAUUUGUACCUAUGAAUUACGUCCGCAAAUGAGCGAUCACCCAAAGGGAGACAACGAAGAUAUCGAUAAGGCCAUAAGUUGAUUUUCUAAUAAAAGAACUGGCAUUCAAUCUUCUGUGUUGAGAUAAACUAAGUCUGACGACUAAUAAAUGUUUCUAUUCAAACACACACGUUUCUGUACUUUUUCUAAUGUCUCGCGGAAUCAGAGAAGUUUGUAUGAUUUAAAAGAAAUCUUGUGUGAUCUUGUGAAAUCUUGAAUGAAUAAAAAGCACGUUUAUUUUUAAACAGAAA